CCUUACCGCCGACGGAGUUCUCCGCUCCCGUCGUUGUUAUCGAUUACGUGCCUUAGUAAGGUUCUUAGGUACCCCGGGGGUGGGCCGGAACUUGUCCUUGGCCGGCUGCCGCGGUCCCGAUCCCCGUGGUCGGAAUUCUCCAAAGAAUUUACGGGUUCGAUUGCGUCUUUGAGAUCGAACCACUGCGACAACGCCGCCCGCGUGCGACGACGACGAGCAACCACCACCACUACCUCUGCGAACUCGCGCAAGAGUGCGACAGCGCUUACAAUACGAGAGGUGGCGCACGCCUGCAACAUUCACCAAAGAUAAAGUUCUUCGUCGACAAGCAGCUGGCGCAUUGAUGAGUGUCUAGCUUCUCAGUGCGCUCCGCGAAACGAGGAAAAAAGACGGCUGUUCGCCCACCCAGGGCGGCUCUAGGAAGCCAUGAACGCCUCACUCGGUCUCGUCCCCUCGAGAUCGUUCCUCCACCUCGGCCUGCGCGCCGCAUGCCGUUCCGCAUCAAACACCACGAGCUGUUCGCCCGCGUCACGACUUCUUUCGACAUGCACCAUCACCUACCAAACGUCCACCGUCGCCAACCGACCAUACGCACCGGGUCCCUCACCCCUCCGCCAAACCCAAUGGCCAUCCCCCAGCCUCACCGCCAUGACGGCCGGUAGAUCGAUACAAAGAUGGGCCUCCUCCUCCUCCUCCGCGUCAUCACCACCAUCACAACCGCCCAAGACCGACUACAAGAACGAGCCCGUCCUCCGCGACUACGUAGACCUCCCCCUCGACUAUAAGGACAAACUAGGCCUGCGCUUCAGGGAGGAGAACAAGGACCUCUCGGCCGCCGAAGUCAGGUCCGUCUUCGGUGCCUCCCUCAAGCCCGCCGCCGCGAACCGGCUGCUGCGCAUCAUGCACGGCCGCCGCGUCGCCGGCACGCUCGAGGACCCUGCCUUCGCCAUCAACACCGCCGCCUUCACCUCCCAACAGCGCGACGCCGCGCUAGCCUACCUCCGCGAGAAGAUGCCCGUAGACGAGGUCCUCAACGCGGGUCUCCGAGCCGAGGACGAGCUUGCUGCGCUGGAGAAGGACCUCGCGGAGGAGAGCAGCACCGACGAAGACACUUCCUCCUCGUCAACCGCAACCGCCGGCUCCAAAACACCAUCCCUCCGCAAAGAAACCGCCCCCGUCGUCAAACCGGACCCCGUAUACGGCUACAGCGCCUUUGACGCCAUCCGCGCCAAAAACCAAGCCAAGGCCGCCGAGGAAGAGGCCCGGCUCAUCGCCGAGGCCGAGGCAAAGGGCAUCGAGUACAACCCUGGCACGCUCUCCAUCCCCAUCAAGCGGCCCCCGAUGACGCCGCGCAUGGCAAAGUGGACGGAACAAGGCACCGCCUCGGACCUCGCCGCCCCGCCGCCGCUCACCCUCGCCGAACGCAUCCUCCCUUCCGCGGCCGUCGUCUUGCUGCUGGUCGGCGCGCUGGCGACGUUCGCGGCGGUGUAUACCCCGCCCCGCGACGCCGACCGCCUGUUCCCCGAGGUCGGCGCCUCGACGGCGACGGUCGGCGCGCUGAUUGCGCUCAACGUCGUCGUCUCGAUUGCGUGGCGCGUGCCGCCGCUGUGGCGGUUCCUGAACCGGUAUUUCGUGCUCGUGCACGGCAUGCCGCGCGCCGUGACGAUGAUUACGGCGAAUUUCUCGCAUAGUUCCUUGGGCCAUUUGGCGACCAAUAUGGUGGGGCUGUGGUUCAUGGGCACCGCGUUGCACGACGAGGUCGGACGGGCGAAUUUCCUGGCGAUUUAUUUGGCGUCUGGCGCCGUUGGGUUCCUGGGGAGUUUGACGGCGUAUACGCUUCGGGGGUUGUUGACCGUGUCGACUGUGGGUGCGUCGGGCGCCGUGUUUGGUGUUGCGACGGCGUACUUUUGGAUGCAUCGGUUUGAUUCGUUCAAGGUGCUUGGGUUCCCGCCGGAUCCGAUGAAUGGGCCUCAGGGGCUGGGGUUCAUUGCGUUGAUUUUGGGGUUCCAUAUCUAUGCGUUCUUUAGGCGGGGCAAGCAGACGAUCGAUUUGACGUCGCAUUUGUUUGGUAUGUUGGCUGGGUUGGUUGGUAUCGAGUUCGUGACAGGACGCAAGGUGGAGGGGGCGAGGGUUGAUGGGUUGGAGAAGAAGAGGGGUGAUCUUGUUGCUGAUGCGCCGCCUCGUGAUGGGCAGAAUGAUGGCGGGAAUGAUGUCAAGGCUUGAGAGAGAGAGAGAGAGGGAGAGAGAGAGAGUCAGGGGAUGUGUCUAGAUGUUCCGCUUUCUGAGAGAAGUGGGAGGGUGAAGUGUGUAUAAUAUAUUGAAGAACACUGGGGGGAACCUGCUUUCCCCCUAUCAUCAGCCCCUUUGGUGGGAAAUUAGAUUUUGUAAACUUAUAUCUCGAACGUAAGACAGAUACCACUUUGAGGCAACGUUCUUUCCAGGAUUUGAGAUGAGGCUA